AUGAACCCAGCUCUGCUCGACGACCUCCGAGCACUGGCUGUUUCUGGUGAGGGGCUGCUCGCCGAUACAGUCCUGAAAGGGAGGAACGGCGACGUGCAGGCCCACUUGGCGUUUCUGGAGGUGCGAUGUCCGCAGCUCGCUCAGAAGGCCGUGAAGGAUUCGGACAGGGCUUUCUGGACGAUUUUUCUGCUGGAUGAUGCAGUAAGUACGCUUCGGCAUCUGGUACUAUACCUCUACACGGAUGCAUUGCCUGAUUCUUUUGGUGUCAACAUCAUUCCCGCCUUGGAUUUGCUCAUCUUCGCCGGAAGUUUGGUGAGCAGUCCAGCCCAAGUCUUUUCAGGAACGAGCCGGAUGAAGAAGAGCAGGUUAGAAGACGGCUCACGUGUAGUGCGACGUUUGUACGCCUUAUGCGAGCAACACAUCCUCUCGUCUAUCACCACGGCCCACGUGGUGGAAGUGCUACAGACAGCUCUAAAAAUUGGCUCGAAGAAGCUACAAAACGGCGUAGAUCGUUUUCUUGCAGGUGAAGGGCGUGACUUGAUCAAGUGCAUGAGCUUCAACCAGUCACUGUUUGCCCUCAAUUCUGAGCAUCCAAUAGCGGUGGCGCGUGCAGUCAGUGCAGCAGCUGGGAAUACUCAGGUUCUUCUAAGUGACUCUGGCGAUUCGACGGAGGUGCCCCCUUCCCAGUUGUUGGAGCAUCUCGAAGUACUUCUCGAAUCCACUCGUGCUGCAGACGGCACAUCACUCGACCUUGUUUCGAAAGUUGACUGCCGUAUUUGCUGGGAAGGGCAGAGCGAGCAAGCGACUUAUCAGCUGGCCGCACACCGUUUCAUGCUUGCAGCACGGUCUGCAUAUUUUGCUGCGAUGCUGUCGAGUCCAAUGAGGGAAAGCUCGAGUGGACACGUUCCGAUAUCACUUCCGCUGGCGCCAAGCUCUGCUGCCGCAAAGGCUUUUCUGCGAUACCUUUAUACAAGCACGUUCCUUGAUGAGGUGGGCGGCCAACCCUUGACUACCUGUGACUUGGUUGACUUACUAGCCAUCGUGGAGGGGCCAGGUGGCCACAACUUCCUUCAGCUGUCUGAGAGAGCCUUGUCGGAAGUCCAGCAACAUGUACUGGCAAGUCUUGAAGGCGCCGACAAAACUGCCAGCAUGAUAUUCCUGCAAAGAUCGAUGGCCCAGCAAUGCAAACCUGCAUUGCCAUUAGCUUUCGAUGAAGCCCUUGAGAACUGUGCGGUCGUGUGUCCCGACCUCGAGUCGUUCAAAGCUUGCUUCCUCACGGCCAAAGAGGAGUGGUGGACGCCGGAAAUGGAGCAGAACAUGUAUCUUGAACUUCUGUGGCGGCGGAGUUCUGUGAUGCAGACCGAGUGCAAGGAAAGCAUCGCCGCACGCCGAAAAGAAGAGCGCGCACUCCACUUCCGAAUUUUCCACCGCAAGUUGGACCAACGUGAGGUGUCGUACCUGGUCUCGUUGGAUUGGUGUGCUGCCUGGCGCGGCUUCUUAGUUGGCCGACAUGGACCUCCCGGUCCAAUAAGCAACCAUCGACUGGUUGGAGAUGGUUCUCGCUCUAAGUCUGUGUCACUGAGCCGUGCUUCUUGGAAGUUUCUGCAAUCUCGCUAUGGAGGUGGGCCGGAGAUCAAGCAAUCUGGUGUUGGAUCGAGAUCUUCGCCUUAG